AUGCAGACAGAUCACGAGGGAGGCUCGCCCCAGAAGCGCCGCGCGGGGGAACAACAGGCACCAGGGCUCUCGCUGGACGCUAUCAGAGAAGCCAUCAGAGGCGAAGUUCAGGCAGCUGUGGGGGGAAUGCGUGACGAUUUGCGCUCCUUCGCAGGGCGCGUGGAUCGUGUUGAGAGCCAGGUGACCCAAAAAAUGCAGCAAACCAUCAACUUGCUCGAGGACAUGACGGGGAAGUACAACGCCCACGGGGAGAUGCUCAAGCAACUCCAGGAAGCUAACCGCGAGGUUCCCCCGCCCCGAGGGGAGGACCUGCACCAGACCCUUGCCACCGUUGCCAAGGCCAUCACCAUACCCGGGGGGGGAGCCGACACCUUCAAGGAAAGCAAGCAACUCGUCCAACACCGCAAGCAAGCCCAGCAAGCACCGGCGGGGGCGGAAGCAAGACAGCUGUGGAAGUCCGUCAGCCGACUUCGCAAGCAGGAAUUCCGCCAGUGGAAACAAGCGCAAGCGGAACGAGCCGCCCACCUAGACUGGAGAGCACUCCGCAGCCUGCAGCAGACACAAACCCACAGGGGGUGGCAACUUCAACUCACGGACGACCCCGAGUGGCAAACCCAGCUCCGUAAGCACAUGGAAGGGAUCUUCGCGAAGCCCAUCCCGCCCGCAGCACAAGCCAGGGGGGCGAUCCUCCGCGACGCGCUCCGGCGCCAAUGCAAGCACACACCCUGGACUCCCUUCACCGUGGGAGAACUGCAGCACACCUCCCACAAAUGGGCCCGCAACCGCAGCACAGGGCCGGAUGGCGUAUCCCACGAAGCGGCGCAACACCUGCUCCUCGACCCCGCUUGGGGGGAGAGAGUCCGAGAAGUCCUGAACGACAUGCUCUACCGGGGGGCGAUUCCGGGGGGGAUCGAACAAGGCAUCACGGUGUUGCUACCCAAGAUCCCAAAACCACUGGCGUGGGGGGACACCCGACCCAUCACGCUCAGCUCCACUUUUCUCAAGUGGGCCGCCCAGCUACUCCUGCUCCGGGGGAGUGAACAAGUGAGACACGGGGGCAAGGGGAGGCAGGGAGUGGAGCUAGUGGCAAUACUCCGUCGUGUCGUGCAAAUGGCAAAGGACUGGGGGGUGAAGACCUGGAUCGUCAAGCUGGACAUAAGAAAAGCGUUCGACAGUGUCUGGCAACACAGCCUUAGCGAACUCGUGGCAGCUCGAGUUGGGGGGAUACCAUCGCCGCGCUUUCCAGCACCACCCGGGAGGAACCACAAACCGUGGGAAGCGCUACUAUGGUUGAGCCUCAACGUGGCGGUGGGGGAUACCCUGACCCCGGUGCCCCAAUCCAACGGCAUUCGGCAAGGCUCGCCGGACUCGCCCGACUUGUUCGGGGCCAUCGUCGCCAAGGACCUCCAAGCAGCCCUCCAGAAGGCCCCCCCACAACCGCCAGACCCACAGGGGGGCCCCCCACCCCCCAAGGCGGGGGGAUCGUUCCUCGACGACACCUAUCUGUGGAGCCAGAACCGCCAGCACCUACAGUCCCUUUUGGGAUUUUUGGAGGGGGAGCUCGCGCGAGAUGGCCUACACAUACACCCGGGGAAGACAGCAGUCUGCAGCCAAAGCACCACCGACACAUUCACCAUCAAGGGGGAGACCGUCCACAGCCAACCACCAGACAGCACUGUCGCAGCGCUUGGCACCCCCCUUACCUUCGGCGACCAAACAGCAGCCAUCAUCGCAGAGAUGACGCGAAGGGGGAGAGCAGCCUUUUCCAAGCGCAAGAAAACGUUGACCGUGCGGACGAGCCUCAAGCCGCGCAUCAUCGCACACAUGAGCUUGGUCAGGGGGACGGCCCUAUACGCGGCAGAAACGUGGCCUGCUCAUCAACACUUGCUGCGAGCAGCCAACACCAUGCAAGCAACCCACUACAGAGAAAUGAUGCACCUGCACCGGCGGGCCACGGAGAGCUGGGGGGAGUGGCAUGUACGCACCCUACGCACAGCCCGAGUGCACAUGCACAGGGAGGGGAUGCAGCGAUGGUCUACCUUCAUACUCCAGCGCAUCUGGACCUUGUGGGGACACAUGGCGCAAGGGGGGGAAGCCGUCACAGACAUGCUCCACUGGAAGGACCUGCGCUUCUGGCGCGCGGAACAACGCAAGCCAGCACGCACCAGAGUGCGACACGCAGGCAGGUUCAAUCCAGGGGGGGACAUCGAAAGAGCACUUGAGACAAUUGCGGGGACGUCGUGGGGGGAGGUGGCACAGCAACGCAACACCUGGCAAGCUUUGCAGCAACAGUUCGUUGAGCGCUUCGAUGUCCCAUGGGCCACAGGGCGACAAGGGAGCAUUCAAGACAACCUGCACCCCAACACCAACGCAACCAGAGCCAACCCGAGGGAGCUCAGGGGCGAAUGA